UAAUUACCUGUCAUUUGUGUAUUUAUUUAAAAUGUUCUAUCCUUUAAAAAAAGUUUUAAUUUUUACAGAACUGCCAUACGAUUGACCGCGGAACACAUUGGGUGUGCUUUUGUUUCUACCAGGUCGUCUUUCAGGGGGAUGCUGUUGUGUGGUGACCACGUGGGUUUACUAUGCAUGUAACCAAAACAUCCCUUUAAACAGUGAAUUAUAUAUGCUUUUCUAAAGCGAAGUGGGGGGGUUAUUAGAAUACUUUAAUCAAAAUUGAAAGCUAAGAAUGGUGGGCAAGAUUAAGCGAGUCCGCCAGAAGCUUCAUCAUGAGGCAGUGAAGCUGACGCAGGAGACCGGAGAAAGAUCAUGUAAUUCCAGCCGUGAGUCGGUAAAGCUCCCUCAGCCUGGAGGAUUGCUUAUUUUAAAACCGCCACUCGUAAAUACAUACACUUUGAAGCAUGUUGAUACUGAGGAGACAAUUGAGAAGUUGAGUGGGGAAGACCCGGUUAAGCGCUGGAAUGUUCGAUCGUCUUCCAUCUUUGCUGAAACCAAGAUCAGUCCUGAAGCUCUUGUGCAGUCAUUGGAUUUAGAUGCCACUCGGAGCCCUGUGCCCAUUCAGAAAGGAGAUCAAGAUGCUACUGGUGCUUCUUCAGCCAGCCCUGCUCCAGAGAGGUGGAGGAAACCAAAAUUUAGAGCAAGCGAAAAUGACAUUCUUGUUACUGAGGUCUUAAGAAAUCGAAGGCAUUUAUUUGGAAAUACCAGUAAACCGUGCUCUGCCAGGAAAGCCAUUUGGCAGGAUAUCACUGCUAAGAUCAAUAGAUUGGGGGUUUGGCCAAGGGAUAGACUGGAGGUGCAGAAACGAUGGUUUGAUAUCCGUGCCAAUGUCAGGAAGAAGGCAAACAUCCUUCACCACGACUCCUCGACUCCCGACCAAUCUUCAUCGCCAGAGCCACUGACUCCCAGGAACCAGAGGAUUCUCGCAACCUUUAACCUGCGUGUCUUCAGAGGAUUCCCCAUAGCCUAUUACACUGUACAUGGAGUUAAUAGUGUAACAAAACAAGACUCGGACAAUGAUGAUGAUGAUGAACCACAGGAGCCUCGCAGAAUAAUAACUGUGUCUGAGGAGGAAGGGCAACUAGUACAGCCUAUGGAGGAAGAGAUUCAAGAUCUAGUUGGAGGGAUUAGUGUGCCAAAGAAGGAAGAGGGACUAUCACCACUACCUUCAUCAAGUGCCUUUUGUACGCCUCCAUCCCUUGAGUGUCCCAUAGGGCCUCUUACUCGUUUAUUUGAUGCCCCUCCAGUUGCCCCGUGUCCAAACGCUGCUAGCUCUGUGCCCCAACACCAACCUGUGUCUUUGAGGAGGGGGAUGCUUCGAACGCCCAGGGGACAGUCGAUUGAAGAUGUUCACAGCAAUGUGGGACGCCUCAUGCAGCUCCAGCAAGAGACAAACGCUAUCAUGAGCCGGGUGGAGACACACUUAGCUGACUAUGGCUAGCAGUUUAAGGUUGAUGGUUCAGGCCUUUCUGCAGGUCAGUGCUUGCACUUCCAUGGUUCCACAGGUCCCCAAUUCAGAGAUGUGGUCACCACCACCAGAGUUCAACCCUGCUCCAUGCUCUUCCACCUCAUGUUCUCCAGGCCUCUCUCUGUCCGGCCCUUCUUUACCUCUUGGUAUCUCAACUUUUGCACCCUCGUCAGACUCUUCCGUACUUCACGGUGUCCAAUCAACAGACUGGAAUAAGAAAAUACCUUGAAAUGAAUUAAUUUAGCUUUUGACUGCCACGCAAAUAGACCAUUCCUUCUGUGCACUUUUACAUUGCUCUAUUAAAAUCUAUUUAUAUAAGAGAAAACACUACGGUACAGUGACAAAAAGAUUUGGAUGGGAAAUCAGGUUUUCUGCGAUAGUUUAUGAAGUACUCGACCUAACGGUCUUGUAGUUUAUGACGUCACGUAAACCCUAGAUGAAAUUAUUUUCCUGUAAGUGAAGCCCAUCUGUUUUUGUCAUUCUCUCAUUCUCUCUCUCUCUCUUUCUCAUUAUGCAUUUUUCACGUAUGAAUAUCUUAGUACUGUACAUAUAAUGAAGUAAUAUACUACUACCAGUGCAACAGGUCGCCAACAUUUCUAUAGCAAAAUAGGUUUUAUGGGUGUGAUUCACCAAAUAUUUUGGUUCAAGUUUUAUGUAUACGUAUGUUAAAGUAUAGGACGUUACCAGAAAGAAAGAAAAGAAAAACGUUUUAAGCCUUAGUUAAGUCUUUAACUAAGACUUUAAAAAUAAACCUCUAGUUUCACAGACCCUGAUUAGCACUGACCUUGGACUACCAAAUAUUAGUUCAGGUAAACUUCCAAAUGUUUGUAGUUUUUCUUAGUUUGCAUUAGCUUAACAAAUGUGUACUGUAAACAAUGUUUUAUUCAGAAUUGGAUUUAAAGGGAAAUUUAAAAAUAGCUACAAAGCACCAACUCCCUUAAGAGAUAUGGUGUCCAUAAAUAAAUAGAUCAAAUACAUACACCCAUACAUACAUAUAUUAAAUAAUGAGAAUAGUGCACACCAAAUACUUAUAUUUACUUUUCAAGCUUUCACUAGGCAAAAUUUUACUUCUUAGAAACGUUUUCCAUACAUUCAUUACCUUUAUUUGUGUGCUAACAAAACCUGAAAAAUAACUCCUAAUCAGAGCUUUUUCUGCCAUGUUGUUUAAUUUGCCUGGCAUUAUUUUUAUUAUUUUUAAAAUAUCAAAUAUCGACAACUUACUCAUUUUGGAAAAAUACUGGUGUAGCUUGUGCCUGAGUUUAAUUCAUUCAGAUUCUCAUGUUAGCCGUUGAAAAAAAACUAAAAACCUACCGCUAUAAAUUAGUGGCAGUUACUGGUGCUAUGUUUUGAAUGCAGUUUAUUCAUAUUGUCGCUUUACAGUGCUGGCAGGAUGCAGCCUGCUUGUUUCUCUCCCGGUCGACUAUAAUUAUUAAAAGUGAACUAC